AUGUUCCGUUCCGCCAUUGUCCGCUCCUUGCGAGCCUCCGUCCCCCGUGUCGCUGUCAAGACCCCGGCUCCCUUCCAGAUCCGCAGCUCCCCCAUUGCUGUGCGCGCUUCUCAAUACACUCCCUGCUUUGUCUCCCAGGGUGUCCGCUGCUACUCCGCUCCUGCUGGUCUGAACAAGAGCGAGGUUGAGGGCCGGAUAGUCAACCUGCUUAAGAACUUCGACAAGGUUUCCGACGCCAGCAAGAUCAACGGUGUCUCUCACUUCGCCAACGACCUUGGUCUGGACAGCUUGGAUACCGUUGAGGUCGUCAUGGCCAUUGAGGAGGAGUUCAGCAUUGAGAUCCCCGACAAGGAGGCCGACCAGAUCCACAGCGUUGAGAAGGCUGUCGAGUACAUCCUGGCUCAGCCUGAUGCCCACUAA